GGCUGGGGGGCAAGGGGAGAGAAGAGUCCCGGAGGAAGAGGGCGAAGGAAGAGAGCGACGCUCCCUAAACUGACCCCUCUCCAGGGCGGACUUGGAAGGGAUGUUGCUAUAAUGGGGAGCGGAUAGGAUAGGCAGGAAGUCUUGAGGGUAUCUGUGGGUGUCCUCCUUGCUCCAAAUUUUCCAGCCAUGCCUUUCACAUCAGAAGGAACAAACGCGGGAGGGGAAUUCUCUAGUGGUCAUAAAAAGGAACGCCACUCCACUCCGAUGUCAAAGGGCAGGGGUUCAGGAAAUGCAGGGGAUGUGGCCACCACGGGGUUAAUCCCCAGCCGUCCCCAGGGGCCUCCCUGCUAAGGCUGGGGGCUUUGGGGCAGGAAGUCCCAGAGAGAGUGGAGGAAGGGAGAUAGUAUUGUCAGGCUCUGGCCCCAUGGGAGAGAUUAUGGGGGGCCAGGGGAGGGGAGAAUGGGAGGAUGGUUGGGUCCCCCUGCCCACACUGGCCCCGCCCUCAGGUGAGUCCAGGAGUUCGGGGGAGGCCCCGGCCAGACCAAAUCCCUGGGUCCCUUGGGCCGCCGCCCCCAGGAUUAAAUUCCUGGGAAGAUAGCUGGAAUUAUCUGGGAAGCCUGGGUCCCUAGGGAAGAGGGCUAUGACCUUGAAGCUUUCCAGCUCCCCCUCCUCCAACCCCAAGGCUCCGGAUGGAUGGGGGGGGCGGCGAGCAAAGGGGGAGGCGCCGUGGUGGGGAAGACAGCCGGCCCACAGCGCUCGGUGCCCGCCCCCCACACCAGCUGUCUCGACAGAAGAAGCUCCGUCUACAGCCUCCUCAACCCCUGAUUCCACAGAGGGAGGGAACGACGACUCUGAUUUUCGGGAGCUGCACACAGCCCGGGAAUUCUCAGAGGAGGACGAGGAGGAGACCACGUCGCAGGACUGGGGCACCCCCCGGGAGUUGACCUUCUCCUACAUCGCCUUUGAUGGCGUAGUGGGCUCCGGGGGCCGUAGGGAUUCAACUGCCCGCCGCCCCCGCCCCCAGGGCCGCUCAGUCUCGGAACCACGAGACCAGCACCCUCAGCCCAGCCUGGGCGACAGCUUGGAGAGCAUCCCCAGCCUGAGCCAAUCCCCAGAGCCUGGACGCCGGGGUGAUUCUGACACCGCCCCUCCAUCCGAGCGCCCCCUGGAAGACCUGAGGCUUCGGUUGGACAAGCUGGGCUGGGUGGCCCGGGGAGUGGGAUCCGGGGAGGACUCUUCCACCAGCAGCUCCACCCCGCUGGAAGACGAAGAACCCGAAGAAUCCAACAGAUUGGAGGCAGGAGAAGCUGGGGAAGAACUGGACCUACAACUCCGACUUGCUCAGUCCUCACCGCCCGAGGUCUUGACUCCCCAGCUCAGUCCGGGCUCUGGCACACCCCAGGCCGGUACUCCGUCCCCAUCCCGAUCGCGAGAUUCGAACUCUGGGCCCGAAGAGCCUUUGCUGGAAGAGGAAGAAAAGCAGCGGGGGCCACUGGAGCGAGAGCCAAUAAGGGGACAGUGCUUCGAUAGCACGGACCAAUUAGAAUUCACGGUGGAGCCACGCCUUCUAGUGGCGGACUUGCUGUACUGGAAGGACACGAGGACGUCAGGAGUGGUCUUCACAGGCCUCAUGGUCUCCCUCCUCUGCCUCCUGCACUUUAGCAUCGUGUCCGUGGCCGCGCACGUGGCUCUGUUGCUGCUCUGCGGCACCAUCUCUCUCAGGGUUUACCGCAAAGUGCUACAGGCCGUGCACCGGGGGGACGGAGCCAACCCUUUCCAGGCCUACCUGGAUGUGGACCUCACCCUGACUCGGGAGCAGACGGAACGUUUGUCCCAGCAGAUCGCCUCCCGCGUGGUCUCGGCGGCCACGCAGCUGCGGCAUUUCUUCCUGGUAGAAGACCUCGUGGAUUCCCUCAAGCUGGCCCUCCUCUUCUACAUCUUGACCUUCGUGGGUGCCAUCUUCAAUGGUUUGACGCUUCUCAUUCUGGGAGUGAUCGGUCUAUUCACCAUCCCCCUGCUGUACCGGCAGCACCAGGCUCAGAUUGACCAGUAUGUGGGGUUGGUGACCAAUCAGUUGAGCCACAUCAAAGCUAAGAUCCGAGCUAAAAUCCCAGGGACCGGAGCCCUGGCCUCUGCAGCAGCCGCAGUCUCCGGAUCCAAAGCCAAAGCCGAAUGAGAACGGUGUCUCCGCCCGCAGGACGCCUGCCCCCACCCCCAGCAGCCCUCUGCCCUCCUCCAUCUCCCGUCCGUUCCCACCCACUCCCCUCCUCGGCCUGAGUCUUUUCCCGGUGGGUGUCAGGAUCACUCCCACUAGGGACUCUGCGCUAAUUACCUGAGCGGCCAGGACUACAUUUCCCAAGAGGCUCUGCUCCAGGAGUCCAGGAAAGACGAGGCACCUUGGCCGCGGGGCCUGCUGGGACUUGUAGUUGCCUAGACAGGGCACCACCCUGCACUUCCGGACCCGCCGCUGGAGGCGCUGUGAGGCGUUGGUGUCUCCUGGACGCUACUAGCCCCUACGCCGGGGCUUUGCAUGGGGCCCAGGGGAGGCCUGAGCUUGGAUUUACACUGUAAUAAAGACUCCUGUGGAAAACU